AUGAGUGCUUUGGAGUUUCUGCCCAUUGAGCUCUUGCCCCCACUCUUCAUGGAAGCCUUCUAUGGGAGUCACAGUAAGACUCUGAAGACCAUGGUGCAUGCCUGGCCUUUUGUCCGCCUGCCUCUGGGAAGCCUGAUGGAGCUGCCUCAUCUGAUAACCUUACAAGCAGUACUGGAUGGAUUUGAUGUCCUGCUUGCCCAGAAGGAGCGCCCCAGGAGGUGCAAACUGCGGGUGUUGGAUUUAAGGAAUACCGGCCAGAACUUCUGGAGCAUGUGGUCUGGAGACAUAGAGCACAUGUCCUCAAGCUCACUGACGGCACCAGUUCCUGAGGACAGGUCAAGGACAGAGCAGCCCUUGGUUCCCUUGGAGGUGUUUGUAGAGAUGAGCCUCAAGGAAUGGGCCAUGGAUGAGUUCCUCACCUACCUCAUGAGGUGGGCAGAACAGAGAAAAGAUUCCAUACAUCUGUGCUGUAAGAAGCUGAAGAUCUUUGGGAUGCCUGUGGAAAAUAUUAUGAAGGUCCUGAGUGUGGUGCAGCUGGACUGUAUCCAGGAUAUAGAAGUCAACCAGAACUGGCAUCUGUCCAGCCUGGCCACAUUUGCUCCUCUCCUGGGCCAGAUGAGUAACGUGCAGAGAUUCAUACUUUCUGUCUCUGAGGAGCAGGAACAGCAUGUUGUUGUCCAGUUUACCUCUCAGUUCCUCAAGCUGCACCACCUCCGGGAUCUCUGUCUGGAAUCUCCCUUCUUCCUGUCAGGCCACCUGGACCAGAUGCUCAGGUGUCUGGUGAGCCCCUUGGAUAACCUCGCGAUAACUUACUGCCUCCUUACAGAAUCAGACUUGACCCACCUAUCCCAGUGCCCAAGCAUCAGUCAGCUAAAAGGCCUGGAUCUGAGUGGGGUCACCCUGGUUGACUUUAGUCCUGAGCUCCUUCAAGUUCUGCUGGAGCAAGUUGCAGAUACCCUCCAGGAAUUGGAUUUAAAUCAGUGUGAGAUCAUGGACUCCCAUAUCGAGGCCAUCCUGGCUGCUCUGAACCACUGCUCCCAGCUCAGGUCCCUCAGCCUGUGUGGGAACUCCCUCUCCAUGGUGGCCAUGGAGAAGCUGCUGCGUCACACCUCAGGGCUGCCCAGUUUAAGUCAUGAGUUUUACCCAGCCCCUCUGGAGAACAGCUCUCAGGCAGUUCUUUCAGAAGAGAGACUUGCCCAGCUUCGAGCUGAGCUUUUGGAGAUUCUGAGAGACUUGGGACAUCCCAGGACCAUCUGGCUUAACACCAUCUUCUUUGCUUCCUAUGGCUACAACGACUACUCCCAUUUAGAAAUUAUUGAAUACAACCCUGCCUAG